AUGGUUGUAGUCCUGCGAAAUCUUCAAAGCGUUGUUUCGCUCCGACGCGCCAGGCUGCGCAGAGACGUGGAGACGCUGAAACGCAUUUUGUGUGUCCAGAGAUUCGACCUGGGCAUCGUGUGUGUGGACAACCGCAAGAUCCAGCAUAUUAACAACAUCUACAGGAAAAAGAACACGCCUACAGAUGUGCUGUCAUUCCCCUUUUAUGAGGACCUAAGACCAGGGAGGCUCCCAUGCGCCCUUCACAGAGAUGAAUAUAACCUGGGAGAUAUUUUCCUGGGAGUAGAAUAUAUAAUGCACCAAUGUCAAGAAAGAUCCUGGAAUUUUCAUGAAACUCUCACAGUGGUAGCUGCACAUGGAAUCUGUCACUUGCUCGGGUACAGACAUGAGACUGAGGAGGAGUGGGAUGAGAUGUUUCAAAAAGAAAAUUACAUCCUGUGCGAAUUUAACAGACUAACCGGCAGUCAUCUUGAGCCUCUAACAAAGAGAUCUGCAGAAGACCGGUGACACUGGAAAGUUUGCUUUGAGGAACACUGGACUUUGAAAGCAAAAAAAAAAAAAAAAAAAAAGACAAUCACCUCCAUCCAACUCGCUAUGUUCAUCUCUAUUAGUUAACAUUGAAACAAUCAUGUCUCUUUGAUGAAUAAAUUUUAUUUUUAAAAAGGUCUUUAUGAAGCCAAUGACUGCACAUUUUGCAACUAAAGUUUAUAUCACUGUUUCUAUGAGAACUUUACCUUAAAAUGGUUCAGGUCGCUAUUGUUAAUAUGCAUAAUAUUUUGACACGUAAGGUAACAGAAAGCUUAAGUAUAUGUUCUGGAGAUAAAGUUACUGAACAUGGUAAAACAGACAAUAUAAGCAGAGACAAGGACUUGUAUAAAUUAUAAAUGUCAAAAUAAAUA